AUGCCAUCCCCAUUGGGCAUCGAAUUGGCGGAUGAACCCAAGGACAUGAAAUUAGAAUCACAUCAUCUACCCCUACCACUAGAAGACAUAGAGCUCCAAGAUGGCUCCAAAUUCCCAGAAUCAUCGUCCUCCGCAUCGUCGCACGACCAGCAAAAGCCUUUUCCUGAAGGUCAGCAUGAAGGACCACCCGGAGGACCACCUGCAGAAGGACCGCCGCAGACUCCGGAAUGGGUGAGGGGAUCAAAACUGGUUUUCAUGAUGAUCGGUAUCACUUUAGUUGCCUUUCUCAUGUUACUUGAUACAUCGAUCAUUGCAACUGCAACACCAAAAAUUACCAACGAAUUUCACUCGCUCAAUGAUGUCGGUUGGUACGGUAGUGCAUAUUCGUUAGCGAGUGCGUCCCUACAACCGUUAACAGGACGAUUCUACUCGACAUUUAACACCAAAUGGACUUUUUUAACCUUCUUCUUCAUCUUCGAAGUCGGCUCAUUAAUCUGCGCUGUCGCAACCUCGUCGAACAUGUUGAUCAUUGGUCGUGCAGUUGCCGGUAUGGGAGGAUCCGGUAUACAGAACGGAGCGUUCACGAUGGUUGCGGGCGCUGUGCCUAUGCCUAGGAGACCUGCUCUUAUGGGGUUUUUGAUGGGAAUCUCCCAACUCGGCAUGGUAGCUGGCCCACUGAUUGGAGGAGCCUUUACCUCCUACGUUUCUUGGCGAUGGUGCUUCUACGUCAAUCUUCCAGUAGGUGGACUAGUCGCAAUCCUUCUGGUGUUCCUUAACAUCCCCGAGCAAAUCCCCAAGCCCAAGGGUUUGAAGAGCGUCAGUACAAUAUUAGGCAAUCUUGAUCUGAUCGGAUUUAUUCUAUUCGCCCCGGCCGCCAUCAUGUUCCUAUUAGCCUUACAGUACGGUGGUAGCACCUAUCCGUGGAACUCGGCUACUAUUAUCGGUCUCUUCUGCGGCGCUGGCAUUACUUUCAUUAUCUUCAUGAUCUGGGAGUACCGCGUCGGUGAUCGUGCUAUGAUCCCAUAUUCGAUUUUCACCAUCCGCACGGUCUGGGCAAGCUGCGUCACGUACGGGUUUCUGGCUUCACUCUUGAUUUGUGGCUCUUACUACCUCCCCAUCUAUUUUCAGGCGAUUAAGGGUGCUAGUCCGAUGAUUAGCGGUGUUGAUAUUCUACCAAGUAUUAUCAGCCAGGUGAUUUCUGCCAUACUUUCAGGUCAAUUAUUGGGGAGGGUUGGUUAUUACCUGCCUAUGAGCGUCAUCGGUGCUUCUCUCGCGGCUGUAGCCAAUGGACUGGUUUCGACUUUUUCGACCUCGACUAGUACUGGAAGGUGGAUUGGAUAUCAAAUCAUACUAGGAGUAGGCCGUGGUAUGGCCUUACAGAUGGUCCCAACAGCCAUGGCCAUGACAAUGUUCUGCCAGUCAUUCUUCUCAGCAACAUUCCUCAGUUUCGCCGACGUGAUAUUCAACAACAGCCUCCGGAACCUGCUUCCUAGGGAAGCCCCUGAUGUGAAUGUUGAAGCAGUGAUCGAAGCCGGGGCUACCGGUUUUCGCACAGUCGUUCCAUCAGCCGAUUUACACUCUGUUCUUGUGGCUUAUGCAACAAGUAUCGACUCGGUUUUCUACCUUGCAGUCGGCGCUUCAUGUGCUGCUUGGUUGACUUCGUGGGCCAUGGGAUGGAAAGAUAUCCGAAAGAAGGAUGGGCCUCCGGGGGGUCGACCUGCUGGACCUGCACAGUCGGAUAGACCGAAGACUGACGUUUGA